UACAAUUUUCCUGAAUUGUGAUUGGUCGAGGAGAACAAGGGGGCGGGGCGUCGCCCUGCGAUCACAGAGGCGCACUGUAUGAGAGGGCGGAUCUGAGUGCACAUCGGCCAACACUACAGCGUACUGAAUUUUAAAAACAACAACAACGGGAGGAUGGACUUCAGUUUGCGCGAUGCCUUCACAGAUGGGGCACCUAAGGCGACCCAGGACAGCCUGCUGAAGAGGGAUUUCGUGGCUGGGUUGGAGGCACAGACCUACGACGAUAAAGUGGGCGAGACCGUUGGGAAGACAGAAUACCGCCCUCUUCUGGAUGGGAUGGAUGGCAAAAAAGAAGGCCAGACUGGAGGGCAACGUCAGGACCCUCAGGGAGGUAUCCAUCCCAGCCCACCUGGACAAUAUGUCUAUAAGAAUGACUUUCAGUCAGGCCCAACAUCAAUGAUGGAAAAGCCUGUCCAAUUAGGAAACCAGCAGAUGGGAUCUACGGUAAAAGACAACAGCAUGGACUCUUUUCUGGGGUUCUCUCAGCCUGGAAUGAAUAUUGGUAUGAAUAUGAAUGUUGGCAUGGCCCCUUUCCAGAGCUCCAAACCCCCCAGCAUGGGUGAACCUCAGAAGACCUCACCCUUGUUUGCCAAUGAACCACCCAAACCGAGUGAAACAAGCCCUCGUAACAGCCAGGAAAAUUCUGCAGAAGUUUUGGGAAGCCCUUGGAAAGCUGAGGAAGUGCUUUCUACGGAGCAGUCCCAUGCUUCCAAGGCAGAACAGACUCGCACUGAUGCCUUGGGUUCCCAGAGUCAAGAUGCAGCAUCUGGUGAGGAAAAGUCCAUGGAGGAAGAAAAUGGAAUGCAGCAGAAGCGAAAAAAGAAGAAACGCAAGAACAGGGAAGAAAUGUAUGACCUUCUGGAUAGUCUCGGUUCCCCAGACUCAGAAGAGACUCCCUCCGAAAGCUCCAACCAUGGCUGCCCCUCACCUCCUAGUAGGGAUGAAGAGAUUUGGGAAAGCGAGUUCCAAGAAAGAGGGGGAGGACGCAUAAAGGCCAAGAAAAGUAAAAGCAGGAUGAAGCUACCGGAGGAAUGGAGUGCUCCUUCAACCGUAAUGGACAUGGACUUUAGCAGCCCUCAUUUGGGUGAUUCAAAACCCCCAUCCAGUGCUAGCAUAGAUCAGGGAAGUGCACCGCCCUCACUCACACCUGAACCUCCGCACCUCACGGACACCCAAGCAUGCAGACCCCAACCAACUGGGCAGGCAAGCACUGAGUCCACUGCGAAUCCCGUAGGUGACUCAACUCACAAGAUUGACAGGGAUAUGUUUGAUAAGGAUAAAUUGACUAAAGAUGAUAUCAAUAAGUCUAACCUAGAGUUGCCUGGUAUUCAUCCAGGCAUGGACUUAACUGAUCCCAACCAGAAGUCAACCCUUACCCUCAGUCCAACUCAGAGUGUUAUGUUCCUUGACUCAGUGCUACAGGAAGAGACCCCAGAUGCGAGCCCCCCAUCCCAGAGCACCCCUGUGAAAACUCCCAUCCCUCACACCACUGCCCCAGAGGCUGCUCCUGAUCUGACCACUGGCUCACUGUCCGCCGGCACAGACAUCCCUGCCUGUCAGAGUGCACCAGCUGUUAGUCACUCUUUCCCAACAAUUCCCCCCAGCACCGCAGUGAGCUUAAAACCCGAAGCUACGCCUUUCAUCCCUUCACAAACAGAGCAGAAGGAGUUCCUGCCGGCACAGCCCCCCCUACUGGAAGUGAAAGAAGACAAGACAGCCAAAGAGAAAAUGGAGAAGGUGGAAACUGCUCCGAAGAUGGAAAACAUCAACGUAAUUGAGAAGCAGGACAAGCCUGAGAAAAUAGAGAAGAUUGAUCACCUAAACAAGAAAGAUGAGAUCACGAAGAAAACAGACAGUGUGGAUAAGACUCAGAAGAGUGAGCAGAUCAUCAAAGAUGAGAAGAAAGUCGAGAAAGAGGAGAAACAUGACAAUAAAGCCGAGAAAAACGAGAAGGUUGAGAAAGUAGACAAACCUGAGAAGACAAACAAGGAGAAAGAGGAGAAGAAAGACAAUGGAGAAAAAGUGGACAAGACAGCCAAAGCUGAGAAGAAUGCGACGGCUGCUAAAGGACCUGCUAAGUCUCCAACAGCUAAUGGGAGCAAGGACGUGACCAGCUUGGAUAGUAAGGCCAAGCCUUCAGUUGGGUCAGCCAAACAAAGCUCAGCAAGACCAAACUCGCUGUCCACUGGAGACAGUGCAGGUGCCACCAAACGCACCUCUCCCACCACCAACUCUGCCAGUAAAAAAAGCCCUAUGCCCAAGGCAACAACCCCCACUGCUGGCACCAAGAAAACCCCCACCACCACAUCUGCUGUUGAGACUAAGGCCAAGUCUUCUGAGACAGCAACUCAGCGUCGCCCUCCAGUGCCAAAGGCUAAAGCUGCAUCUGCUCCCACAUCUAAAAAUGGCUCCAGCACCCCAACUACCACCACUGCCCGGCGCUCCUCUGCUACAAAAACUGAAAACCAAGCAGGAGAGGUGAAAAAGACAAGUGCAAAGACAACACCAGUUAAAACAACUCCAAAAACCACUCGCACACCACCCUCUGUCACCAGCACGGCAGCCACCAAUGGAACCCCGACCCCUCGUCCCUCCCGCAUCACCAAACCCCCCGUACCUAAGCAGACUCCCCUAGAGAGGAAGCCUCCUGUACCUCGAGCCCCCCGAAACGUCCGGCCCACCAACGCACCACUGCCGGAUCUAAAAAAUGUGCGCUCGAAGAUCGGUUCCACCGAUAACAUGAAGUACCAGCCUGGAGGAGGCAAGGUCUCUGCAGCCCAGGGCAAGACUGAUGCUCUGCCAAAGACCAGCCAGGGCAAAGUUCAGAUAGUCCACAAAAAGCUUGACUUCAGCCAUGUCACCUCCCGAUGUGGCUCCAAGGACAAUAUCAAGCAUGUUCCUGGUGGAGGAAAUGUUCAGAUUUUAAAUAAAAAGGUUGACUUGAGCAAAGUGACCUCUAAAUGUGGAUCCAAGGACAACAUAAAGCACAAGCCAGGUGGUGGUGAUGUGAAGAUUGAAUCCCAUAAGGUUAACGUCAAGGCCAAGGCCAAAGUGGGAUCGAUGGACAAUGUAGGCCAAGAACCAGGAGGUGACAAUGGCAAGGCUGAGGGGGUUCAGCAGAAAUCUGAGGGAAGCCCAUCUCCCCCUGCUGUCUCUCCACCUGUGCAGGCAGGCAAUGGGGCAAAGGAGAAUGGGCUGAAAGAGAUAUCUCCUGCUCCCGUACCUUCUUUGGGAGAGGGGCUCCGGGACUCCCAGGGCUUAGACAAGAGCAUCCCUGGGACAAAUUGAGUCCUACAAGCUGAACUUCGGCGAGAACGCACGAGCUCGCACGGACCAUGGCGCUAAAUCAUCUCCUGGUCCCCCUUGAGUGGCAGCCACCCCCACCCACAUCGCAGCACCUCUCUCAGUGUUUCUCUGGGGUCCGCCAUGUCCUCACACUCAACCCAGCUUGUCCCAUUCACUCAGCCUUGGGAUGGGUGCAAACAAGUACACUAGCAGGAGAAGGACUCUGUUUUCAACAGCCUGCCCCUUUAAAAUCUUCUCAUUAUCUUUUUCUCUCGUUUACAGUUUUCUUAAUUUUUUCUUUGCUGGGGGAGCACCAGUGAGAUCGUGUUUUGGGAAAGACCAAGGCUCUGGCUUAAUUUAUAGCGCUUCUGUUUGGUUUGAGACUAGAUUUGAGAUGUCUUCAGACGGCUGGAGAUGGAGGUGGAGAUAGAUGCUCCAGCCACGUAGCUUAUAUUGACAUUUUUGUUAAAAACCACAGCAUUUUGACCAUCAACACCAGAGUUUCCGUUUAAACUUACUACAAGCCUGUGCUAUCCGUUAGACAGACCUAAAUUGAAACUUUUCUGUCUGUAUGUAUUUGGCAGUAAACGUUCUCCAAUGGGAACCCCAGAACUCACUUGAGAUGUAGCUUAUUACAUCAUAUUAUGGCAGUUAAGCUCCCUGUAUUGUUAGUAUAUGGGGCUGUCUGAAGUUCCAGUCAAAAGGGACGAAUCAGCCGCCAUCCAUCUGUCUGCUCCCUCCGCUCCACUGACCCUGUCCACCUCACAUGAAUUAUAAACCCUGGUCUCCCUCAGUAUUUAAAUGAGCACUUAAUCAUUUGAAACGUAUAGGUUGUUCAAACAAUAGCAUAUUUACAUCUUCAGUGAGUUUGCUGUAUCGUGUUUGCGUAAAUUCCUGUAACGAUGAGCUGUAUCAUUAUGAUGUCUAACCAUCAGAUUACAUCUUCCACUUUCCAUUUUUCUCAAAGCAUCUUGUGAACUAAUAGGACACAAAUACACAUGACACACAUAAACUACAACAUGAUACAGGAAGAGAUAAAGAAAGUGGCACGCAAACUAAACAGACAGGAUGGGAAGAGAUACAGAUGGAUGAAGAAAGAUGUCAGAAAGUUAAAGUUUACACUCCGUGUACAGGUCAUGAUUAUUUGCUCAAAGGUCCAAAUCAUCCCCACUUUCAAAUAUUGUACCUCCAAAUCUGAAAAGUAGACAACUGAACAUAUGAACCGGCAUGUGCGAGAGGGCCCAUUACAUUAACAGUGAAUAUAUCCUAAUUAAGCACUGCAGUCCAUUUCCCUAUUAUUUAUUCAGUGGCAACUGAUCAAUUGUUGUUUAGAAAUUACUAUUUAAUCGAACAUAGUCGUAAAUGCUAUUCGGUUUUCUUACCAAGUGAUGUGUUAUUCACAAAGUAGUUGAAUAUCAUAGUUUUAAACUCUCCAAACCUACUAUUGUAGGACUGCUUUUUGAAACUCGACUAGUGACACUGUUUAACAGUGAAUUUGUGGGCACUUUAUCGGUAGUAAUAUUACUCUAGAUAUAUUUAGUUGCAAAUGCCUACAGAAAAAAAAUAAACAAUUUGCUGUUGUUGGUUAAGAGGUUAUGUUUGUAUACAGGGUUUGAUUCACUACAUGUUGUGAAAUAUUCCUGGUAUUUUAAUGUGAAGUCGUGGUAGAUCAUGUGAAGGCGGUGAUGUUGUAAAAUCAAAGAAAAUCCCACAUAAAACUGAAACAACAGAGACCAGGAAGUAAUCAAUUAUGCAAAUAUCCUAUGAACAAAAUGAACUGACGAGCAUUUGAAAUGCACUUUAUGAUGGAUGUUUUAUACUACAAAGAGAGCGAUACGAUUGAUUGAGCACAUUUUCCUAAAUUUUAUCCCCUCAAAAAAGUCCCAAAAUGCAAAACAUGUACCUGUAUCUCACAGAGCAGUCUGUAAAUACAGUUUGUACGAGUGUGAGCAAGUGUGUUUAGUGUAGAGCUGCGCUUGGCCAAACUGUCCUGUCUGUAGUUCCUUUGUGAUUAGUGUGUACUGUUCAGGGGCUGUGCCAGUAAACUUCAGUGUUGUACUCUUAAAACAGUGAUCAUAACCUUUCAUGCCUUCAGACAGCUCUAUUUUGUCAUUACCAUGAUGAAUGAACACUCUCACAAUGUUAGUACACUUCUCACAUCCCCCGCACCAGUCCGCUCGACGCAGUUUUGUAAAUACACGUUUCACACUUUAUACCCCGCAGGGGGAAAACACUUCUUGAUUGGGUUGUAUAGAGAAGCAAAGUGAAGAUUUUGCAUCUAUGAAUAUUUCUCCAGACAGUAUUUUAUUCUUAAGUGAGUCUGCCUUUUUUUGUUAAAAAAGGGCUGGCAAAUAAGAAUGUUUUUAAAAUGUAUUGUAUUCAGGAAGCAAAGAAUAUAUAUUAUGUGUGUAACUUUUUCUCUUUGUCAUCACAGGUCACAUACUAAAUACAAUGUAAUCAAUAGGAGGAGGAGUGUGAUUGAUAUUGCCUAAGGAUGGAAAAAGGAUGUCCUUCUGUAUAAAAAAAAAGGCACAGCAUUCUGGUAAUGACUUGAGUAGCCUGACACAGGAUGCAGAAAGUGGGUCGAGAGGUUAGAGGUAAUCAGUAACCACAGGAACAAUGAUUCCUCCCACAAACUGCUCCUGACACAUAGACCUUGAAUGUUGUUUGGAUAUCCAUGCCGCACAUCUGUAUGAGACUAACUGUAACUGGUAGACUAAUCGGCAUGUUUAAAAGUAGAUAGAGCACUCGAAUUACGCAGCAAAAGAGCCCCCUAGUGUGUCUGUUAGGACUCACGAUGUGUGUACUUCCCAUAGAACACACCAAAAGAGCAUGCUGACAACAGUGGACUACAGACAUCGGUCCUAAAUUGGAUUUAAUGUCUCCCCCAAUUUAAGAUGUAUUUUUUGGUAUGAAA